AUGGAGAGCCUGGCUGUCAUGUACUCUGGGGCCCUUUGUGCACUGAGGUGCAGCAGCAGGGAGUUACGGUGGCCUCUGGGGGUGGCACCUGCUGUCCUGACCCUUGAUAUCAGGUGCAGAGCAGGGAACAUCUCGGCACGUAAACGUUUUCUGUAUGAUUUCAGAGAACUCAAUCUGCCAGCUGCUGCUGUAUCCGCAGGAAGAGAGAAGGAUUUUGAACUACAAGGUUAUGGAUUUGAAGCUGCAGCGGAACAGCUGAGGACACCGCACAUUGUGCGAGUAGGACUGAUUCAGAAUAAAAUCCCACUGCCCACAGAUAGCCCAGUGACAGAACAGGUGGCUGCACUGCAUAAACGAAUAGAGGAGAUUGUGGAGGUGGCAGCAAUAUGCGGGGUCAAUGUGGUCUGCUUUCAGGAGGCCUGGACCAUGCCCUUUGCUUUCUGUACAAGAGAGAAGCUUCCUUGGACUGAAUUUGCAGAGUCAGCAGAAGAGGGCCAAACCACCAAGUUCUGUCAGAAGCUAGCAAAGAAACACAAUAUGGUUGUGGUGUCUCCGAUCUUGGAGCGAGAUGAUGUGCAUGGAGGAACUCUGUGGAACACUGCUGUGGUGAUUUCAAACUCUGGCUCUGUCCUUGGGAAGAGCAGGAAGAACCACAUUCCCAGGGUUGGAGAUUUCAAUGAGUCUACCUACUAUAUGGAAGGCAACAGAGGGCAUCCAGUGUUCCAGACUCAGUUUGGGAGGAUUGCUGUGAAUAUCUGCUUUGGGCGCCAUCACCCACUCAACUGGCUCAUGUAUAGCAUAAAUGGAGCAGAGAUUAUCUUUAACCCUUCAGCAACUAUUGGAGAGCUCAGUGAGUCAAUGUGGCCAAUUGAAGCAAGGAACGCAGCCAUUGCUAACCACUGCUUUACAUGUGCCAUAAACCGAGUAGGAACUGAACAUUACACGAAUGCAUUCACAUCUGGAGAUGGUAGGAAAGCACACCAUGACUUGGGUUAUUUCUAUGGCUCGAGUUACGUGGCUGCCCCAGAUGGCAGUAGAACUCCUGGACUGUCCCGCACGCAGGAUGGGCUUUUGGUUGCCGAGAUGGAUCUAAACCUUUGCAGGCAAGUCAGUGACAAAUGGAAUUUUAAGAUGACAGGUAGAUACGAAAUGUAUGCGGAGGAACUUGCCAAGGCAGUCCAGCCAGAUUUUACACCCAACAUCAUUAGAGAGUAACCAUGUUAGUGACAGUAGCAUCUUCCCUAAAAAUACAAAAGGGAUGUAGCUAAGGUCAGCCAAAGUCUUGUUACUGAAACUGAAAUCUGAUACAGGCAGUUGUAAUGAAGUUCAGUCAAGAAGUUACCACACUACAGGUGGGAUCUCAUUAUGACAUACUUCAAAGGGUGCAUCAUUUAUUUUGUAGCACUGAAAUGUUAUAAUAGAGACUACUCCAAAUGAGGAAUACUGUACACUCAUAUGAUCUGAGACUUGCAAAUUACAUUUGUCUGUUCAAUUUUGUCACAGGACAAGUGUCCAUUCUGUUUAACAGGGGACUGUUACGCAUACAACAACUGGAAAGGGUGUCUGUUGUAAUGACUCUUUUGUAGCAAUGGAUUUUGUUUAAAUAUGAUUCACUUGGCGCUAUUUACUAUGAGCCAUUGGCUGGGGUUUGGAAAUAUUUUCAUUGUCCUGGAAUUUUAAUUGAAAUGGAGUUUGUUGCAAUGAGGUUCUACCUGUAUAAGUCAGAGUUAUAGGUAACUUAUUAUGCUACAAAGUGAAGAACAAAUACUUAGAGAGCUGAGUGAGGAAUAUGCCUGGCUCAGAUUUAAGUUCUGCAGCAUAUGUUAAAGUGCGUGUUGGUGAAAUAGUAUAUAGGUGAGAUACUAUGUGGCUCUCAGAAAAUGGUAGUGUAGUUGAUGGAGGACUUUCCCUCUAACACUCAUUAUACAGGGAUAAAAAUGUUAACAUAAUACACCUUGUAGACUCUCUGCAUGGGGUCUUCUGAUAUCAAUAGUCUCUUCUUCCCAUAAUUUGAAAAAAACCCUUUUUCAGUCAGUGAUAGGCUGGAUGUUGAAUCAGUCAGAUGAUUCAGAAGAAUAAUGGCUGCAUAUAUUGCUCUUGCACUUCUGAAAAGGAGCUGUUUAGGAUUGGACUAGGUCUUAUUUCUUUACUUUUCCCUUUGCUUUCUGUGAUAACUUUUUAUUGUCCUAUUGCCAAACUGCUUACAUAUUUCAUAUUAUAGGCAUGUCCCCUUUGGAUGAUUUAUCUUGCCAGGGAGACAGUGUUCUACCCUCUGACUCCUUGGAGAAUUGUUAUGUCUUUGUUUAUUGGCUUAAGAUAUUGGAUGUCCUGUUCCUAGACUUACGGCCCAAGGAGGGGAGGCAGAGAGUAUGGAAGGGGUCAAAACAUUUAAAACCCAGUAUCUAAAAUUAGGUUGCCAAAUCAUUAAGUGCCCAAAUAAGGACCUAGGAGCCUAAGUUUUGGCACCCCUUUUUAAAAGAUUUUGUGUCCUGUGGCAUGGCUUAGAGAAAACUAUCUGGCUCUGGUAACAAUUAACAAGCCUUUCUACAAGGACUUAGAGCAGGUAGAUUAAGAAAAAGAGAUAUUGUUUAACUGGAUUUCUGGUGGCAGAAGCAAAGAGUAGAUUUUUCGUCUCAGUGGAAAUGCCCUUUUUGGAAUGCUUCAGACAAGUAAACAGUGUGAGGAAAUAAUCUUAGCAAUGGCAGGAUCAGCAUGGAUUACUGUAGUUUUUCCAGGUUGAGGACCAUAUUUUGGUCCAUUGUUGCAUUAAAGCUAGAGCAACUCCAGUGAAAUCCAUGUCAUCAUUUUAGAUUGACACUGGUAUAACUGAAUUCAGGUUCUAGCCCUUAAUGUCUGUUUGCAUCUUAAUGCUUUACAAUUUAAAACUUCAGUCAAGCAGGAGUAAACAUUGCAUGUUCUGUUAGGGCCUUAUCUAACAUUAACAUUCAUAAAACUAUUGUGAAUUGCACAGCUUUGAUUAGAUUUGCCACAAAGGUCAGUUUGCAUCAAGAGAGCGUUUUAAACUGUGGCUAAACCAAAGGGAUCUGAAUUACGUUCAGUGAUUUCAAAUGGUAUUUUGUAACUGGGCAAUACUGUUUUAGAUUGGCAGAAAUCUCAGGAUUUUGUCAUCUUACUUUCCUGUAUCCAACUUUUAAAUAGCAGUGCUCAAAACUCUGCUAAGUAAAAUGAUUUUUCAAACAG